GCAUGCAGCUCAUUUACGUCUGAUGUACGUACGGCCGCAACUCUGCGUCUGUCUAUGGCAGACGCCAGUCUUGCGCUGGAAUCUCCGUCUCAGCGAUGGUAUCUGCGACUACCAGAAUAUACCUGAUUGCCCUUCAUACAUCCCUCGCUGGAAUGUUGUGGGGGCUGGAUACCGGCUCGAUUGGUCCUAUUACCCAGAUGGAACAGUUCUCUAGCUCUAUCGGCCAUCUCUCCUCAGGCGUCCUCGGGAUUUAUGUCGCGUGUAUUCUCCUCUCCGCUUCCUUGUCUUCGAUAUGCAGCGGUUACGUAGCUGACUUGCUAUCCCGCAAAUACGGGAUUCUAACCGGAGGCAUCGUAGUCCUCCUAGGAACGAUCAUGUCCGCCUCCGCCACAAAUUUGACUGUUCUCGUAUGCGCUCGACUGAUAACUGGCAUCGGACAAGGUCAGAGUAUCUCGGUCGUCACCAUUUACCUCUGCGAGAUUUCUCCACAAGAGAUUAGAGGAACUGUUGCGACGAUGUUACAGUUGCUCAUCACUAUCGGGAUCGCUUUGGGGUAUUUUGUUGCGUAUGGGUCUUCGAGAAUUGAGGGUGGGUUGGCUUGGAGGACCCCUUUUAUUUUGGAAGCAAGUAUGGCUGCGGUUUUGGUAUCUGGGAUGGCAUUUAUACCAUAUUCUCCGCGGUGGCUUGUACAGAGGGGGAGGAUGGAGGAAGCUCGUGCGGUUCUUCAGAAACUCCGUGCUAGCAGCGAGCUUGUGGAAGAGGAACUGUGCCUUAUCAAAGGCAGUCUGGAGGAACAGAGUCGGGAACAUGCUUCUUAUCGUGAAAUAUUCCACAAGCGAUAUGUCAGACGGAGUGUUCUCAGUGUGUUCCUGAUGUCUUUUCAGAUGUUGUGUGGGAUUGACGCGGUCCUUUAUUACGCCCCGAUCCUAUUCACUCAGGCUGGUUUUACAUCAAAACGAGCAGCUUUCCUUGCGUCUGGUGUUUCUGGAAUAAUCAACUUGAUAUUUACGAUACCUGCCCAACUGUGGGUCGACAAGUGGGGGCGAAGAUUUCCUUUGAUCGGUGGCGGUAUUUCUAUUGCUACUUGCUUCAUGGCCAUCGGCACCUUGUACGCGAUCUAUGGUGGAAAAGCCGACGGACAGGUAUACUUGAGCGGCACAGGACCGCGGUGGGCUGUCAUCAUACUCAUAUACAUGUUUGUGGCGAGUUUCUCGUGGUCAUGGGCUGUGGUUAUUAAAAUAUACGCAUGCGAGAUAAUACCCACGCGUCUUCGCGCAAAGGCAUGUGCUGUUCAGCAGCUUAGCAAUUGGCUGGUGAAUUUUGUUGUCGCACUUACCGCGCCGCUUUUCCUACGGGCUUCUCCAAGCGGUCCGUAUUUCUUCUUUGGCUCAGCGACGUUGUUCACCACGGCCGUCUGCCAUUUCUUGAUGCCAGAGACUAAAGGGAAGAGCUUGGAAGAAAUCGAGGAUUUGUUUGAGAUGACACCUCGGGGGAUGGGUCACUCAGUUAUGGCGUAAUUAUCUGUGGUUCGUAUUUCAUGUCUUUCUGGUGAUGCCCAUAUGCAAAAUACAUUUUCUAUUGAC